GACUAUUUUAAAAACUUGCAUUUGUCAGAUCUAAAGAAAGGUUAAUUUUUGUCGAUUUGUGGUUCGCGAAACACUCGGUAGCACAAAAUGUAUAUAAGACGUGGGGUGCCUUAUGUAAUCUUUUGGACAAUGAUCGUGGUGUUCGUUUAUAUAACGCUUAAACAAUUUUCUGUGGUUAGAAAAUCGAGUCCAGUUUACUUUCGAAAGAUCAACAGUAGCCAAAUCGAUAGAGGAAAUUUGUUGAAUUUAAAUCCCUUUCGAUAUGUAAUAAACACCGACUGCGAUACUAGCUUUCUUGUUUGGGUCGUCACUUCGUACGCUGCUGAUGUGUCGGCCAGAAGUGCGUUACGCAGGGCUUACUCCGAGUCUGAAUUGGAAGAAUUGGGAGUUAGAAGAAUAUUUUUAUUAGCAUUGUUACACGAUGACGUUCAAAAUAAAACCCACGUCACCCAAAAUGCUAUUUUAGAUGAAGCACGGCGAUACAAUGACAUUAUUCAAGGCAACUUUAUUGAGGCAUACAAAAAUCUUACCUACAAACAUGUAAUGGGCCUGAAAUGGGCUACGCAAUAUUGUAAAAAUGCUUCGUACAUCAUGAAAAUGGAUCAUGACAUUGUAGUGGACCUUUACAAAAUUAUAGAUGUAAUAAAAGCAGCCAGUAUACCGCAUAAUAUUGUGAUGGGUUACGUACUGAGAAAUAUGAGUCCCAUACGCGAACCAAUGAACAAAUGGUACGUUACUAGGGAUGAGUAUAUUGCGGACUUCUAUCCAGACUUUUUAUCUGGUUGGUUAUAUGUAACGACUCUAAAAACUGCCAAAGAUUUGGUUGAUGCUGCACAGAUUUAUCCCAAGUAUUUUUGGAUAGAUGAUCUAUUUCUUACAGGUAUCAUUAGAGAGGAAUUAGGUGUAAAGUUUCACGAUAUACAUGAAAUUUAUACAACAAAUAAUGAAUAUUUGAAUUGUUGCUUGAAAGCUCGUACGAAAAAAUUCAAAUGUGACUUUGCAGUUGGGCCAAACGGUGGCGAUACAGAGUUACAAGUUAGAUUCAAGGAUUUUGCUAAAUACUGUAGAAGCAAUUGCUUUCCAAGACCUAAAAAAUUUUCAGUCAAUAAUACUUGCAUUGUCGCUUGGCACGAUCCUAAUUUAGGCCGAGGCAUAGCUCAAGUAUCUCCCCUCCAAUUAAAUGUUGUAUGAACGUAACUUUGUACACUAAACCAGAACUUAUCAAGAUUUUUUUAAAUAAUCUAAUGAUUAGUUAUACGUAUUCCUACCGAUGACCACGUCACCUUCACUAUGGUAUUUUAUAUAGCCUACGAUAUAUCUGCAUUUUAAGUUUAUGUCAGUCAUUUGAAUUGUAUGUUGUGUGGUUGCAAAUGGUUGCAAAUUUGAUUUUUCUACGGUAACAAAAUUUAUUGUUUUUAAUGGACUUCAUCGAUUUCAGAUUGAAAUAUGGUAUUUAUAUUUUGUUUCUAAAUGGUAAAACAAAACCUCAUGACAUGGAAUAAUUGCAUCAAAGCUGCUUCCAGGUAUUGUUGUCACUACAUUAGUUAUCUGUGGAAGGAUAGAUGUUGAAAAAAACAUGACAUUGACUCAAAUUUAUAUUGAAAAUAUUUUUCUUUAUUUAGUUUUUAUUUUUAUAUUACGCAAGUGGAGGCAGAGACUGAACGAUUACUGCCUCAGUUUCUUUCGCAGUAUAAAAGUUGCUCCUGUACUAAAGUGAUCACUGCCAAUCUCACGAUUUGGUAUAGUUGACACAGCUUUACACUGUUUUUGCGUAGGUAGUGUAUAUCGUUCAAUGAGCUCGACCUCACUAAAGAAUAUAUAAUCCACUGUAACCCAGCCGUCUUGGUGAGUUGUAGCUUCGUUUUGCCCAUUACGAUCAAUGUGCGAGUAAACGCUUCGAAAUUUAAAUGGGUGGGUUAAAGAA